GGCCUCUCUUCUCUAUAUGUUUUAGAGGACUUCGGCCUUCGCAUGAAGGCCUCGAACUGGGUUGGGAGCAGCAGAGAUGGAAGCGGCGUUUCAGGAUGGCAAGGAGGAAGUUCUCCAAGCUUGGUAUAUGGAUGACAGUGAGGAAGACCAGAGACUUCCCCAUCACCGUGAACCCAAGGAAUUUAUUUCGUUGGGCAAACUUAAAGAACUAGGAAUAGUCAGUUGGCGCCUGAAUCCUGAUGACUAUGAAAAUGAUGGAAACUUGAAAAAGAUCCGUGAAGCCAGGGGAUAUUCUUAUAUGGACAUAUGUGACGUGUGCCCAGAGAAGUUGCCAAAUUAUGAAGCUAAGCUGAAGAGUUUCUUUGAAGAGCACCUGCAUACUGAUGAGGAAAUACGUUAUUGCCUUGAAGGGAGUGGCUAUUUUGAUGCGAGAGACAAAAGUGACCGCUGGAUAAGGAUAGCAGUGAAGAAAGGGGGCAUGAUUGUCUUACCUGCUGGAAUAUAUCAUCGCUUUACACUCGAUACAAACAACUAUAUUAAGGCAAUGCGACUCUUUGUUGGUGAGCCAGUUUGGACUCCCUUUAACCGUCCUCAUGAUGAUCUCCCUGCUAGGAAAGCUUAUCUCGAAACGUUUGUCCAGAAUGAGCUUGGUGGGCCGGCUGUUGAAGCUCAGUAAUGGCAACUCAGAACCAAAUCCCAGAAAUGCAAAGAUAAUGUGCUUUGGUAAUGAUAAUCAAUGAUGGUAAAUGUCUACGAACUUGAGUUUGAUGUCAGCUAUGGUAUCGAAACUUGUAUAACAAAAUGUAACUUCAUGUUUACUCUAUGAAGUGGGUUGAGGAAACCUGAUGGUUUGUUUCAUAAAAAUAAAAGUGAUUUAGUGCAGUGAUGUUUCUGA